CCUGGACCGCUCGAGCCAGGAAAGAGACCGCUGCCCCAAAGCGAGGAGCAAAUGCUGACCAUAACACGGGGCGAGAUGCAGAGGAUGAUUGCCGAAGCUGUAGCUGCCCAAAUCAAACAAACACCACUAGGAUCGAACAACCUCAAAAUGAACAGCAACCCCCUGAACGCGAGCAACAGGCACAAUCACAUGAAAGUCAGAACAGGAGGGUAGACGAGGAGGAGUCCUCUGUCAGAACCGUUAAUCCACAAGCCAGAAACGACACGCUGGAGCAGCUGUUAGCACAGGUCCAAGAUUUGCAGGCUCGGGUGGAAGGAAGAAAAACGGGAAGCUCGAGGGGACACCCUUUUUCACAACAUAUUCUAGAUGUCGACUUGCCUCAAGGGUUCAGGGAGCUUAAUAUCUGGUAUGACGGGUCGACUGAUCCCUCUCGACAUCUCAGAAGUUUCGAAAACAUGGCAGUAUUGCAUCGAUAUAACGACCCCGUUCAGUGUCGAGCAUUCCUGACAACCCUGCGAGGACCAGCACAGGAUUGGUUUCAUCAAUUGCCCCCAGGGGCCGUCAAGGAUUUCGAUGGAUUUAGCUCGAGUUUCUUGAACCAAUUCGCAAGUGUAAAAGCCCAAGAAAAUUUUUACCUUACUUUGAUAUGUAAGCAGCAGAAAGAAGGGGAAUCACUGAGGGACUACGUGGCGAGGUACACACGGGCGUGUGUCGACGUCCCUUCGGCCACUGAGGAGAUCAAGUCGGGAGGACUCACUCGAGGGCUACUCCCGGGACUGUGCAGAAAUUCCCUAGGGAAACGACCCGGAAGGACGUUCGAUGAAGUAUUGGGAAGGUGCGCCAAAUACAUGAAUGUCGAGGAAGCCGAAGAUGAUUUUCUGCAAGCAGCCAAGCCAAAAACUGAGCCUCGGGACGAGAAGAAGGAUAAAAAGCCUGUCGCGACGACUGAAAGGAAGGGAUCCUUGAGGACCGAAAGAGAAGGACGAUCAAGGGGGUGGAGGACAACCCAAUAUACUCCUCUGUUGGCCUCGCAUGCAAGGAUACUGGAAGUUAUGGAGAGAGAGAUCCGUGAUAACGUUUCGGCUUAUAAUGUGAUUCUGGGAAGGCCAGCACUCAACACAUUUCAAGCAGUAGUGUCAACCUAUCAUAUGAAGCUAAAGUUCCCCGUCAGGGAUAAGGUAGGGGAGGCCCGAGGGGACCAGAGGCUGUCAAGAACCUGUUAUCAGAUUGCAGUAAGGACAAACCAACGAACGGAGAUGAAAGAAGGAAAAAAGUCGGGGUCGAAUGAAAAAAGACGAAGGGAGAGUGAUCUCGAGCCACAUGGGGAAUUAAUGGAAAUUCAAAUCGGGGAGAGAGAGGAGCAAACUACGAAAAUAGGGCGAGAAUUGGAAGAAGAGUUACAUCGACAAUUGGUGGGACUGUUGAAAGAAUUCAGGGACAUAUUCGCUUUUUCCCCUGAAGAGCUAACAGGAAUCGAUCCCGAUGUCAUGGAGCACAAGCUUAAUGUCGACCCCCUAAAAAAGCCCGUGAAGCAACGGCUUAGACACCAUGGCGCAGAAAUUGACAAAGCCAUAGAAGUCGAG